AAAAAUAAUAUUCUCGCUCUCCAUCUGCUUUCUCUCACCGGAGCUCCUUUUCCUGGUUCCGAAGGAACAAAAGAAAAAAAAGAUGGAAGGAGAUGUGUUUUCAGGGUUUGGUGAGAGACAACACAACAUAGAUGGGAAACUGCUGCAGAGUUUCCAGAAGAGCUUUGUGGAUGUGCAAGACAUUUUGGAUCAGAACCGGCUUUUGAUCAACGAGAUCAAUCAGAACCAUGAGUCCAAACAGCCUGAUAACUUGGGUCGUAACGUUGGUCUGAUCAAAGAGCUCAACAACAAUAUCAGAAGAGUAGCUAGUCUUUACGGUGAUCUCUCUCAUUCUUUUGCAAGAUCAAUGGAUGCUUCAUCUGAAGGUGAGUCUAGUGGAACCUUGAAGUCUGAUGGGAAAGUUAACCAGAAGAGAUUUAGAUCCGGUUAGUUGUAUAAAACCGAGAGAUACCAACAGAAGAAGUUGAUUACAUGCAAAGACUAAGAGCUAAUUGAUUGAAGAGAAAGAAAGAAAGAAAGAACUACUGCAACAUCUCACUGUUGGAAAAUGAUAGCUACAUACUUUUCAUCAAAAGAUGAUUUUCAGAUUAAUUGUUUGUUUGCUUUCCUUUGAAAAAACUUGUUGUAAAUUUCACACAUUUAAGUUUAUGAUUUGGUUUCUCCAUUGUUGCAUUUAUGUGAUUCAAACCCAUGUGAAAUUUACUUUGUUGUAGCUGUUAUUUAAACUUUAAGACGGCUCGUAAUCUAAAUCUAGAAGUCUUAGACGGCACGCUGUUGUAUUGCAUGAGAGAAGGGACGGAACGUAGUUCGCUCUUUCCCGGGCAGAUAUUUAGUUUUUUUUUUAACUGACGUGGAAGCAUCUAGGAGCUUCCCGCAGAACAAAGCGGAUCCCAACUGUCAUUAUAGAA